UCAGUGUGAAAAAGCCUGAUCAUUCAAAAUCGAUUAACAGCCGCAAAGUACUACUUAUAUAAAUUGGAGUAUCAGUGAAUUUUAUUAUCAGUUAGAAUUUUAUUGUUGUGCUUAAAGUAUCAAAGUGAUUUUGAGAAUUUUCAGCUGAAAAUGUUGGCUUCUGUGCUUUUAAUUUGCAGUAUUUUCUUUGUGAUUUCGCAAGGAUCUCCAGUGGAUAUUCAGCCAAGAAUGUUACCAAUGCCGAUAGAUCCUAACAAUCCUGAAUUUUGUCCAGACUUUUCAAUGUUUGCACCCAAUAUGGAUGGUAGUGGUCCACUUGGAUUUCCAAUUGAUUCAUUGGAAAAUGUACAGCAAAUUGCACCACCCUUUGAGGAUGAAGACUCGGAGAGAACCCGUAGAUGUGUGACUGGAGUACCUCAUCGACCUGAUCGACCGGAUCGACCUGACCGACCUGAUAGACCUGAUCGACCUGACAGACCUGAUGAAACUGGAGACUUAUUGGGAAGCCUUAAAAAACUUGGAAGCUCUGCUAAAUAGGAAUUCCCGAUCAAUGCCCAAGAACCCAUAUGAGGACUCUCUGGGAAUCCAUUGAUUUCUCUAAGGAACCUGGGUCUCAAACAACUUUGUUUCCAUAUGAGUUUAUCCUUUACUGUGUCCUAUUACUUAGCCAUGCUAUAUUUAUUGUAGCAUACUAAUAAAAAAUCUAAUAA